AUGCACAACAAGGGUGGACUGAAGUCUAGCAAGAGAAGAUUGCUAGAAGUAGUGGCACAAUCUAUUAUGCUGUACGCUACUCCUAUAUGGGAACAUGCAAUGACAAUCCUAAGCUAUAGGAAGGCGCUAGAAACGGUCCAACGGAGAGGAGCAAUAAGGAUAUGCAGCGCGUAUAGGACAAUUUACCGAGACGCAGUGCAAGUGAUAGCUGGAGUGCCAGCAAUAGAGCUCCUUGUUCUGGAGAGAGGUGAGAGGCAGAGGGGCGCGACCAAAGCGGAUGCUAGAGCCAGAUUGCUUCAAAAAUGGCAAGAUAAAUGGCACAGGUCGGAGAAAGGAGCCUGGACUCGGCGCCUAAUUCCGCAAAUAGAGCCUUGGUUAAGCAGAAAGCACGGUGAAACAACAUUUCACCUGAGCCAGGCGCUGUCUGGCCAUGGAUGCUUUGGCAAGUACCUGCAUUUCAUCGCGAAGAAGGAGGAUGAAAGGUGCUGGUACUGCGAGGAGGACGAUAGCCCCGAGCACACGCUAUUUAGGUGCUGCAGAUGGGUUGGAAGGAAGCACAGAGCGGAGGCAGAAUUGAGAGUUCUGCUAGAGCCAGAAAAUAUUAUCGGUGAAAUGCUGAGGAGUGUGGACAGCUGGAAUGUUCUAGAGGCGUACAUAACAGAGGUGCUGCUAAGCAGGAAGAAGACGAGCGGAGGCUGCAGAGGGCCUACGAGGAUAGUGGCAGUGGAGGCCAGCAUUAAUAUGAUGUAG